AUGCCCCAAACAACGUCGUCGUCCUCAACCUCAAAUGGCCUACACCCUCACGACAUCAACGGUAGUAGUAGCACUUGCCCGAAUACAACAAACUCUGCUCCUGUACCCAAUAAUAACAGCAAUAGCAGCACGACUACAACACCCAACAAUAAGCACCACAGUAAUGUAACGGCUGAUGAUGCUCAACGAUGCUUCCCUCAUCAUUUGCAUCAUGUCCAUCACCGAUCAAGAUCUUCCUCCUCAGCAGCAGCCUCCUCCCGAAGCCGAUCGGCCAGUAACGCCAGUGUAACGACCACCUCCUCAACAUUGUUGCCAGUCCCUCAAUCGUCAUGCUCCUCAACGAAUCCUGCUACAACUCCAGAAUCUAUUGGUAACAACAACAACAAUUCCAUCGGUACUACUGCUGCUCUUCUCAAACUCGUCGUCCUCCUCCUCCCCUGCUAA